AUGAUACGUGCCAACCCAUCUGUAGAAGCAUUCGACAAAGUUUCAGGUGUAAGAUCCAAAUCAGGUUCUUCCAGAGCUCUUCCUCGUACAGUAAAUUUCCUUACCAAUGCAAUGGAAGCAGUGCAACUGCGGAAGUUUAACAAAGUUGGAGCAAACAGUCGUCCUAAUGGCUUUGUGAUGUUGUUUGGAAAGACCACUGAGCCAGUUAUGAGAGAGAUGGUCGACCAGGAGCCAAUUCCAGCCGACUGGACAUAUUCCACUUAUUGUCGAAAGUAUCUGGAUGAGUCGCUUUACAUACCGGCGACAGUUUUGUUCCAGUAUCGUUCACUCUACACAGGCUCCGUGACGGCUUGA